UCCCCGUCGUCUAUAAUUUUGGAGAAUUGCGAAGUGUACGAUUUUCUGUAGAUUCCACUACCUGGUUAAACAAAGGAAUAGUUGGCAUUGCGACGCCAGCAUGGACACAAUUUUCAGCUUGGACGCUCGUAAUUGAAACCUUAAAGGAAGUCAAAGGAGAGAUGGGGCUUUGGAGAACUUGUGUUACCACUCGCGGUUCUAAUUCUAAGGAAAUAGCGGUGUGUGGGUCACACGUAGGGUUAUAUACAACAGGUUGGUUCCAAGCCAUCCAGACGCUUGAAAUUGUGAGUCUGAUUUUUUUCGUGGUUGGUUUUGUAAUGACGUCUGCACUGCUGCUUUGGUCAUCAAACGCUCGUCUUGCGAGAGCCAAUCCAUGGAUUCUUCUUAUUGCUGGUAUCUUCAUGGAGGUUGGUGUUAUAAUAUUCGUUGUCAAGUUGGGUAUGAACAACCUGGGUUAUUCGCUGUAUCUAACGUGGAUAGCGUCCAACUGCGUUAUUGUAGCAUCUAUAAUCAUAUACUGCGCCGAACAAAGGAACAGGCGCCCGACAGAGUUCACUUCAGGUCCAACGACAUCGACCCCUGUCUUUUAUCCCCCUCCGUCUAACACGAACCCUGUUCAUAUCAGCCAGCCAACGUAUACGCCGCAGCCUGUUGCUCCCGUGCAACCACAGCCGGUACAGAGGUCGAAACCGCCUUACCCGGGAGCAUUUCAGGUUUACCCACAGCAGCAAGUACCGCCGCCGUAUCCCCAAGCAAUGACAUACCAGCCUCCAGCAACUGAACAUAAGUUUACAGACUUUCAGUAACGUAGCUAGUGUAAUGAGUAUUCUUAUAUUAUAUGGUGCCUUGAUUCUUACACGCUUUUUGUGACUCGCCACAAUCGAACAACAAAACUCGUUCCCAGACCUAGGUAAACCUUGCAUUAUGCUGGUAGAAGAAAAAUAUGGCCUACAUUAUUGCGUGUAUUGUGACAUACGGUACAAACCCUUGAAGUACAAACUGACGUAGGUACAGCAUUGCAUGCAUUGGAACUUAACGUAGCUUGUUGACAUCAUCAUUGAAACUUCACGUAGCUUGUUGACAUCAUCAUUGGAAUCUAACGUAGCUUGUUGACAUCAUCAUUGAAACUUCACGUAGCUUGUUGACAUCAUCAUUGGAAUCUAACGUAGCUUGUUGACAUCAUCAUUGGAACUUCACGUAGCUUGUUGUCAUCAUCAUUGGAACUUCACGUAGCUUGUUGUCAUCAUCAUUGGAACUUCACGUAGCUUGUUGACAUCAUCAGUGAAACUUCACGUAGCUUGUUGACAUCAUCAUUGGAAUCUAACGUAGCUUGUUGACAUCAUCAUUGGAACUUCACGUAGCUUGUUGACAUCAUCAUUGGAACUUCACGUAGCUUGUUGUCAUCAUCAUUGGAACUUCACGUAGCUUGUUGACAUCAUCAUUUGAAUCUUACGUAGCUUGUUGACAUCAUCAUUGGAACUUCACGUAGCUUGUUGACAUCUACUCACGACAAGCAACACCUCACAAUUUUGGUGGAAGUAGUAUGGGCGAUUGUAAGAUCAACGUAAAAAUAUAGCUAUGGUCAUACCCAAUUAAACCCACAGUAUUUUUUUAAAAUAAUAUAAGUCCAAAGGGACAACUAAACAGUCAUCAGUGGAAUAGGCAAGGAAAUUCUUCAAUAUAGAUUUAGAAUGUAUUGUGUGACAACGAUGAAUGAGUGACGGCAGUCUCUGUGUCUUAAAACACGGGUUAGGUUGUAUCCUUGCAACACGUCUCAGUAAAGACGGAUGCUGAUAACGUAUGUAAUAACGCUUAUAUUAAAGAACAAUUAGAAAGGCUCUGGGUUCAUAGAUAGUCCUAUUUCAAUUACUGUUGUAAAAUGUAUCCAUAACUACGGUUUUGGUGAUUGUUUUUAAGUCUCUUAAUUUUUGAGAACAGUCAUGCAAAAACUACACCCAUGGUCUAAAUACUAUGAAGCUUUAAUGUAUGUACGCUUUGUACAAACUCUCUUGCGACAACAAGCACGUAGCAAGGCCCAUACAUCUGGCUCUGAUAAGUGGGAAGUAAUUCCCUUUGACUGAUAAAACGGAUGAGUGUAUACAUCCACUUGUGGUUUUUUCUUGUCAUAUUUAUUCACGUCAUUAUUCUAGUUCUGGGGUAGUAUUCGACAUUGGUCUUAAUUGGAGCUAAAAAUGAUGUAGCUAAUCGGAUGACGUCAUAUAAAUAAUGGACCAAUACGGUGAAUACAUUCAAUGAAAAAUGACCGACUUAAUGAUCAUAUUUAAUACCACCCCAGAACAAGGCAAGGGUAAUAAAUUCUGUAGUUUGUUGGCUUGGAAAAUAUUGCUUUAUACUUAUAAUUAUCCAAGCUUUUCAGCUACUCUUAAAAGUUACAACCAUUUGAUUUAUUUGCUAGAAAAUUGAAAUCGGCCCAUAGUUCAGAAAUUAUUUGUACUCGGCUUUAAAGCUGCACUCUGACAGAACGGAAAUAUGAAUAUCUGCGUUCUGAUCUUUUGUCAUCAGUCUUGUUUCACUGGUUUGCAGAUAUUUACGCCAAAAUGUGCUCUUUCUAAUAUGAAAAAAGUUGCAAAAACGGUAUAUCUGAGAGAGUGCAGCUUUAUACUACAUACAUUUCAUGAACGGAUCAUAUUGGAUCUUUGAAGGGCAAGGAAGACAACUCAAAUAAUAUUAUAUUUAGUCAUAACGUCGCUGAUACCAUCCUUGUUUACUGCUGCUGUACAAAUCGUGUGCAAAAAAUGUCAACGGUGAUGAUAACAACCGUGUUCAAAAUUGUCAAUUUGAGUUGUCUUUCUUGUGCUACUGCCAUAUUUUCAAAUGUAGCUCCGUACAUGGAUUUCAACAGGUGUGCAUUCAGGUGUUGAUGAUUAUCUAAUUAUGAUAGAUUGCAAGAUUACGCAGAUUACUGUAAAUAUAUAUAUGUAAUACGCGCCUUGGAAUCGUACGUGGUGUUUUUUCACGUGCCAUAACAAACUAACAAACACAACGUGUACGUGAACGUGUAGCUACAUGCACAUUUUACAGUUGCACAGUCUUGAUCUCGUUUGUGAAAUUUCACUUUAAACUUGUAUUUGAAAUUGCAUUCGCAUGGUCUCUGAUACACGUAUAACAAUACUUUUCUCGUGCCAUCGUAAAUGUCAUUCUGUUUUUACAAUGUACACAUACCUGGAUGACGUAGUGCACAAAAAGAGCCUACACAUACACGAACCCUUACAAGAAGUGUUUUACAACCACUCUUUUAUUAAAAAAACUAUCUUUAGAACUGACUUGUACGAUGCUUAAUGUUGUAUUUUAUAUUUCAAUGAUAUUUUAAAUGUUGUAAUACUUGUGUUAUCAUUUAAUAUACACGUUUAGUUAUAUAGUUCGUUAUGUUUUUAUUUUGAUUUAUUAAAAUUGUUUUCAUAAACGAUAAAAGG